AUGAGGCUGCCGGAGAGUGAAGCGACGCCGUAUUUCGGUAUGGUGCUGUCCACAACAGCUCAGGUGGGCCUCAUCGUCAUCAGCAAAAGAGCCAUGGCCACCGGAAUGACUAAUUACACCUUCGUCGCAUUCUCAAACGCUCUUGCCGCCGCCAUUCUCCUCCCCGUAUCUCUUCUCGUUCACAGGUCGUCGGGCCGGGCCCCACUCAGUUUCUCGCUUGUUUGUGGGUUUUUCUCGUUGGGUGUUCUUGGGUGCUUGGCUCAGCUGACUGGGUAUACCGGAAUUAAUUACACUUCUGCAGCAUUUGCCUCAGCAAUGCUUAAUCUCAUUCCCGGAUUCACCUUUAUACUUGCAAUCAUAUUCGGGAUGGAAAAGCUAGCCUGUAAGAGUUCGAGUUUUCUCGCGAAAGCAAUUGGAACUGUGGUGUCGAUUGCUGGUGCCUUUAUAGUGACUCUGUACAAAGGCCCUGAAAUCUCAAUUUUCAAAUCACCUUCGAAUUUUCUCAAUGAAUAUAUUCAAACCCCACAGUUGAACUUGAUAAUCGGUGGAUUAUUCCUAGCGGCAGACUGUCUAGCUUCUUCCGGCUACAUAAUCGUACAGGCAUUGAUUCUCAAGAAGUACCCGGCCGAGCUAAUUAUUGUCUUCUUUUACUGUUUGUUCGCUGCUAUUCUCUCGUCCAUUGCAUCUCUUGUUAUGGAGAGGGACUUAAGUGCUUGGGCAUUGGAACCGAGCAUUAGACCGAUUGCUAUCCUUUAUUCGGGAAUUUUCGGAUCGGCAUUCCAAGUGAGUGUAAAUGUGUGGUGCCUACGUAAGAAGGGCCCACUUUUCGUUGCUAUGUUUCAUCCGCUCAGCAUUGUCAUAGCAGCUGCUCUCGGUUUUAUCUUCUCGGGCGAUAUUCUUUAUGUUGGAAGUUUGGUGGGCUCUACUAUCAUUGUUAUUGGGUUUUACUCGGUGAUGUGGGGUAAAUCGAAAGAAGUGAAGACGAUGAGGGACUGUAUAGAAAGAAAUCGUGAACCAAUCAGUGAAAAAGAAGAACCCCUUUUGCCAGCUUAA